GUCACCCACUCGGACUUCCGGUUUUGGAGCUGGACUAGGCGGCUGGAGAGCCGGGCCUGGGGCCGACCCUGGGUGGGUGAGGCUGGCCCGCGGGCAUAGAUGCGAGUGGGUUGAGGGACAGCUCUAGAAGGAGACACUCCCAGGGGUGGCCGGAAGGUGCUCUCAGAGAACCUUAGCCCCGUUAGAGGCCUCUGGAGAGGACUGCACGAUGGCUCCGACACUGACCUGGCCGGAGGGAGCGAAGACAAAGAGGCCGGAACCCCGCACCCGCCGCUUCUUGAGCUGAGCUCCACGCCCGCUAACCUCGCAGCACUCGGAUCUUCUGGCCAGCACCCGAGCUUGUCCUCAGGAGACCCAUUACUACUGCCCCCUCAGAAUCCUCUCCACCAACUCAGUGCGACUCUCCCCAAGCCCACCCGGGCCUCGCGUCAGAAGUCAAAACCAACUUCUCCCAAUGCGCGAGGUUUCCCGUCAGUUCCCGAAUGUUUGCUGAGCGGUUACUUCUGCUGUGAGGGAAAACAAAGACCCAGUGUUCAGUACUUGAUGUUUCUCUGGGGUGGGAAUUGGCAGUUGUAGAGUCCGAAGGGGCAGGGCGGACGUAGAGGGCCUCGAGAAGCACUGCGGCGGUACUGGGUGAGGUCACCUGCGACCCGCUGGACACGGGCUUUUUGUUGCUGUGAGCACGAUGGUGACUUGCCUUUAGAUCCUCUGAGCUUUCCAGGUUUCCUAUAUGGUUCAAAUUCAUUAUGCAACAUGGGUUAAGGGAGCUAAAUGGGGUCAGAUUUGGGGGAGGUGGAAGAGGAGCAGACAACUUUCUCUGCUGCUUCCCCGGGCUCCUCUGGGAAGUCGCCCAGAAAUGCAGCUUUUGAAAGGUUUCUCUCCAUGCUCAGUUUUGGCUUGCUGUCCUGGAGUUGAUGCUACCUCAGAUGGCCACAUGGAGCAUAUAUAUGGAAAGUCAGGCCAGCUCUGGCAAGACUUUAGACAUAUGAGUAUAUUCCUUCUGAUAGUGCCAUCUCUCUCUACCCUAGGAGGAAACUUACAGAGAGACUCAUCUGCAGGUGAUUCUCCAAGGACAUGGGAAGAUAGGUGUAAGCCCUGGAACCCAGACCUUUAAGUGGAGGGAAGCUGCUUUCUGCUGUGGAAGAUGGCCAAACCCACUCUGAGAGGAAAUGGCACUAACUCUGAGACCUUCCGACAGCGCUUCAGGAAAUUUCAUUACCAGGAGGUAGCUGGGCCCCGUGAGGCUUUCAGCCAACUCUGGGAACUUUGCUGUCGGUGGCUAAGGCCGGAGGUCACAGUCUCUGUGAAGGGGCAGGAAGUGCGCUUGGAGAAGAUGACACCCCUGAAAUCAUCACGAGAGUUAUUAAAUGUUCGGCAGGAGUCAGUGGAACCCCAGCCCAGGGGUGUACCCAAGAAAGAGAGGGCAAGAAGCCCAGACCUGGGACCACAGGAGCAGAUGAACCCAAAGGAGAAGCUCAGACCUUUUCAAAGGAGCGGAUUUCCAUUUCCUAAAUCCGGUGUGGUCUCCAGGUUGGAGCGAGGAGAGCCUUGCAUCCCAGAUAUUGGCUCCAAGGAGAAGGAACUCCCAAGACGCAGUCACACAGGAGACAGACAAAUGCAUACUGAUCUAUUAUCAUCCAGAAGAGAGAGAAAUUGGGUGGAACAAGAUCACUGGGGCUUUGAGGAUGAGAAGGUGGCCGGUGUGCACUGGGGCUAUGAAGAGACCAGAACUCUCCUUGCAAUUCUCAGUCAGACUGAAUUUUAUGAAGCUCUCCGAAACUGUCAUAGAAACAGCCAGGUAUAUGGGGCUGUGGCUGAACGGCUUCGGGAGUAUGGCUUCCUCCGGACCCUGGAACAGUGUCGGACCAAGUUCAAAGGUCUCCAGAAGAGCUAUCGGAAAGUCAAGAGUGGCCACCCACCGGAGACCUGCCCCUUCUUUGAAGAGAUGGAAGCCCUGAUGAGUGCCCAGGUCAUUGCCCUGCCCUGUAAUGGCCUGGAAGAGGCAGCCUCUCACUCUGGCCUGGCAGGCAGCAAUGCUGAGACUGAGGAGCCAGGGCAAGGGAGCUGGCAGCAUGAGGAGGGAGCAGAAGAGGCCAUGGCUGAGGAGUCUGACAGUGAUGAAAUGGACCAGGAAGCCACCCCCCAGGACCCUAACAACUCGACUGCACCUGUCCUUUUCCGAAGCCCAAGUGGUGUACACUGGGGCUAUGAAGAGACAAAGACUUAUCUUGCAAUUCUUAGUGAGACUCAGUUUUACGAAGCCCUCCGGAACUGUCACCGCAAUAGCCAAUUAUAUGGAGCAGUGGCUGAGCGAUUAUGGGAAUAUGGCUUCCUGAGGACACCAGAGCAGUGUCGGACCAAGUUUAAAAGCCUACAAACCAGCUAUCGGAAAGUCAAGAAUGGCCAAGCACCAGAGACCUGUCCCUUCUUUGAAGAGAUGGAUGCUUUGGUGAGUGCCCGGGUUGUUGCCCCAUCUAGUGAUGACCAGGAAGAGGACACAGCCUCUUGCCCCAUCCAGGAGACUAGUGAGGCUGAAGCUGAGAAGCAAGCGGAGGAGGCAGAAGAGGCCACAGAAGAAGAUUCUGAGGAUGAUGAAGAGGAUACUGAGCUACCCCCGGGGGCUGUCAUGACCCGUGCUCCAGUCUUAUUUCAGAGCCCCAGUGGUUUUGAGGCUGGAUUUGAGAAUGAAGAGAAUCUAAAACGGGAUAUUUCUGAGGAAGUACAACUACAUAGGACAUUACUUGCAAGGUCUGAAAGGAAAAUUCCCCGGUAUCUUAAUCAGGAUAAAGGCAGUGAGAGUGAAUACAGAUCAGGAAGACAGUGGGAAAGGACCCCAGGGGAGAAACGAGGAAAACCGACACUCCCAGAGAGGAGUUUAGGUAAAGUUCUAAGUCAUCAGAGACCUUACUUGGGAGAGAGACCCUAUAAAUAUCUCAGAUAUGGCAAAAGCUUUGGUCCAAACUCCCACCUUACGCAUCAGAUAUCCCAUCAAGUGGAAAACCCAUAUAAAUGUGCUGAUUGUGGGAAAAGUUUCAGUCGGAGUGCACGCCUCAUUAGACACCGGAGAAUCCACACUGGAGAGAAACCUUAUAAAUGUCUUGACUGUGGGAAAAGUUUCCGUGACAGUUCAAAUUUCAUCACCCAUAGGAGAAUCCACACAGGAGAAAAACCGUAUCAAUGUAGUGAGUGUGGAAAGCGUUUCAAUCAGAGCUCAAGCCUUAUAAUUCACCAGAGAACCCACACAGGAGAAAAGCCCUAUCAAUGUGAAGAGUGUGGGAAAAGCUUUAACAACAGUUCUCAUUUUAGCGCACAUCGAAGGAUACACACAGGAGAAAGACCCCAUGUGUGUCCUGACUGUGGUAAGAGUUUCAGUAAGAGUUCUGACUUACGUGCACAUCACAGAACACACACAGGAGAGAAACCUUAUGGGUGUCAUGACUGUGGCAAGUGCUUCAGCAAAAGCUCUGCUCUGAAUAAGCACAGAGAAAUCCAUACAAGAGAAAAGCUUCUGACACAGUCAGCGCCUAAGUAAACCCCUGGGAAUCUAUAAAGAAAAGAGUCUCAGUAAAUGUAUUGAAACUGUUUGAAAAAGUCUUCCAAUAGUGAGAUCCAUCUCCUGUUCUAUGCCCAACUAGUUUAGGAAACAUUCUAGGAUUUAUCCCACUGUUUGUUCCUGUUUCUCCUGGAUGUAGAGUCAAAUUCCCAAGGCAGUUGUCUUAAGAAUGAAAGGAAGGUUUCAGUCUCUCUCCAUGCCUGCAUCUGAGUUGACAGAUAUCAUCUUUCCCUCUCAGUGCCCAUGUUGUUACCUUAAUAAAGAGGACAUAGUAGUAGAUCCUGUGAGUUUGACAUGCACCCUUCCAAACUCAUCCUGUAAUUCAGCUGCAUUUUGACUGGGAAAACCCAUCACAGCAUUUCAGGGAGAAACUGUGAGACUUCUCAUUGAGUAGGCCUAGCUCUUUCUAUAGAAAUGGAAAUGCAAAAAAAGAAUAACUCUUUCUGCGCCCAGAAUGACAUAUAGAUAGUCCCCAACUUAACGAUCGUUCGACUUUGUGAUGGUGCAAAUGCGAUAUGCAUUUAGUAGAAACUGGGUAGGCUAAGCUAUGAUGUUUGGUAGGUUACAUGCACUUCAACUUAUGAUGUAUUUAACUUAUGAUGGGCUUAUCCGGAUAUACCCCAUCGUAAGUCAAGGAGAAUCUAUUUGUCAUGCGCACUCUUCGUUUACCUUAAAGGAGUUUAAUGUCCAUCUUAGUUCUGACCUGUGAAUCUUGUCAAGAACUUAGAAGUUCUAUAUGGGGAAACAAUAUAAACCUUGUAUAAAUACUGAGGUAUGAACCCUGGAUUUCUUAGUAUCUUCCAAACCCUAGAUUUGGAAUAGUAUACUACUACCUUUACAGCAUCUAGUUUGAUUUAUAUUCCAUCUCAUCCAAAUUUUAUCUGUCCCUUGUGAUCCAGAAGCCCAAAGAGUAAGCCAGCUGAAUGUAGUGACAGGAAAAGCAGUUAAAGCUGCCAAUAGGGAACUGUCCAUAUUCCACACACUUAACACACCUCUCUAGUGUUAGGCACCCCAUGGGUGCUCAGUACUAACCUACAGUGAGCAGUAGCCACUGCCACAUUCCCAUGGAUUGGGACAACAGACCAUUUUGUGCCAAGAAGUCUUGACCCUAAUAGCAAGGAGUACAGAUUAUCUUUGGUCAGUGGAGCUGCCAAUACUCACACACAUGCACGUGCAUAUAUUCAACUGUACAAGUAUACAUAUAUUUUUAAAAGCAGCUCUUCAAACACAGUGUAAUUCUGAUCUUUAUAAUCAAAUAGUAUUGAAUUAAUUGCCCGUAUGUUCACAGUACUAUGAUGAGCCCUGUACAGCACAAGUUCUACAGUCCUUGUCCUUACAAUCUAAAAUAACACUGACAUGGAACAAAUAAUAAGUAUAUGCGUAUGGUUGCAAUAGUUUUAGAGAAAUCUAGAGAGGCAGUAACAGUGUAUAAAUGUUAAAGGUCUAAUGCAUUAAAGUUGUCAGAGAAAUCUGGGAGGUAUUUUCUUCUCUUUAUUUAGCAAGUCUUCAUGAAGCAGGAAGUGUUCAAAGGUGGGAAUGUUAGUGGGUAAAUUAGGGUGGGGUAAACUUUCCAGAACUAAUCGCAAAACUAAGUGCUGAGUGGGAGAAAACCUGGAAUAUUGGGGAACAAGUUGUUUAGUGCAGAUGAAGCAGAGGGCAAAGGAGAGACUUUAAGGAAGGUUAGACAAAGCUUGGAGCAGCACAAAAUUUGAGGAACAGUAUGAUAUGGGCUGUGCAGAAGGCAGAGAAAGAAUCACCUUAGCUGAAGCACUAAGAGUGCCCGAAGCAGAUCAAGAGGUGGUGCUCCCAUCAGGUACAGUAAGUCAGGUGCUGUGUUGAACUUAUUGAUAAGGAAACAGCUGGCUGGUACUGGAGAAGAAUGAGUAGUUUUAGGGGACUAACUUAUAUAGGAGACAAAGGUCAGAGACUGUAGUAUCUUGAGAAGAUACUUUGACAGGCGGGUCUGGAAAGAGGAACGAGCAGAUGGCCAAGGCCUGGGAUAAGUAGCUAUUUCACAUUCACAUUUAAUUAUUGUCCUGUGGCUAGAAUGAGAUCUGGGAGUGGAGUGGGGAGAUAGAAUAUUCUAUAAUUCAUAGCUUACUGUGUUAGAUGAGAGAUUAAUUAGGGUUCUGGUGUUGAGGGAUCCUAGUACAAAGAAUCUAACAUUUAUUAGGAAUUAAAGGGCGAUAUCUCAAUUAUUUUGCCUAAGCAGACAGGAAGAUACAAGAAACACCAGUCUAAAGCAAUGCUUCAGGAUCUGAGAUACUUUAGGAAGUGUGCAUAAUGUUUUUAAAAAUGAGAGAUUACUGUAUUUACUAUAUCUAUGUAUAGUCUUGUGGAAAAGCACUGGGUGGGAUAUCAACAGAUAAGAAUUCUGGUUCCAGAUGUCUGUGUGAAGUCAACCUGCCUCCGAAUCCCUUACUGUAAAGCAGAAUAAUGUUUACACCUUAACCUGCCUCUCAGGGAUACCAUGUUAAUAAAAAUUAUGUCUGUAAAGUG